AUGGGUUUCCAGUUCAGCAAGCUUUUCGACAAGCUCUGGGGGAAGAAGGAGAUGAGAAUCCUGAUGGUUGGUUUGGACGCCGCCGGAAAGACCACGAUUCUCUACAAGCUCAAGCUCGGUGAAAUCGUCACGACCAUCCCCACCAUUGGUUUCAACGUCGAGACCGUUGAGUACAAGAACAUCCAGUUCACCGUGUGGGAUGUCGGUGGUCAGGACAAGAUCCGUCCUCUGUGGAGACAUUACUUCCAGAACACCCAGGGUAUCAUCUUCGUCGUCGACAGCAACGAUCGCGAUCGUAUCGUCGAGGCCCGCGAGGAGCUGCAGCGCAUGCUCAACGAGGAUGAGCUGCGGGACGCCAUUCUCCUGGUCUUUGCCAACAAGCAAGAUUUGCCCAACGCCAUGAACGCCGCCGAGAUUACCGACAAGCUCGGCCUCCACAGCUUGAGACAGCGUGCCUGGUACAUCCAAUCCACUUGCGCUACUUCUGGUGAUGGUCUGUACGAGGGUCUUGAGUGGCUCGCCACUACUCUGCGCAAGGCUGGACACCAGUAA